AUGAGUGAAGACUACGGUGAACCGAUAUAUGUUGAGGCCCACGGUGGAAAAAAUAACGUUAUUCUAUACCGUUCAAAAACUAAUCCAGAUCUCGCUGUAGAAUUUUUUUUUCGGUCCUGUUCGAAAGAUGGAAGAUCUCGUUAUUAUCGUUGUACAAAGUGUUGGUAUCUGUAUAAAACUAGGAGAGGUAACUGUGCUACAAUGAUUGUAAGAGAUGGCCGAAUUGUUACUGAUCCAGAGAAUCCAACUGUUCCCCAUCAGUGUAGCUUUAGACCAUUGGAAGCUGUAGCUGCAAAUCGAGCUUGGAUUGCUGGUAGAAAACGAAAAUCGAACACCGGGGAAAUACUGAAAGGGUCGUUGCAAAACGAUGAUAACUUUAUUAAGUCGGAGGAUACGUCGUCUUUCAAUCUAGAAAAUAUUUUUGGUUUACAGUGCGAUGAAUCUGUAAAGAGUGAAGUGCCGUUAAUAGCAAAUAGCUGUGAUAACAACGCUGCUUCUGAUUCUGCAAGUCAGAAAGCGUCAACAGCUGGAAGUGAGGUAGAGAUGGCUUCUCCGUCUGCGGCUUCUCAUGCGUCUACGGAUUCUGUGGAGUCGUCUAAUAACGCUGCAAAUAGUUCAGAAAGUGCUGCGCAACAGUCUUCUACCUCUGACUGUUUUACGCCUUGCACCUCGAGGACUACGGAAUUCAUAGAUCUUAUAAAUGCCGCAUUUUCUGACUCAAUGCAGAAGAAGAGUGAUGAUGCCCUUGAAAAGUUGCGACAAGCUGUAGAAUUAAAGGAAGCUUUUGAAAUUGAUGACGUUUCACUGAUUGAUAAUGUGUUCUCUGCACAGCUAGUGAAGUCGAAUGAUGAUCAAAGGUUACUGCUUUGUGAGGAGUGGAUCAAUUUGCUUGCGAAGAUUCCACCAACUGCCAAUGCAAGGUGGAUGACGCACUACCAGUUUAGCAUAUAUUACUGCUUUCAUAUGAUUGCGCUCGUAACAAGCAGAUUGAAAAACCCCGCUGAAAAGAAGCGUUUUUAUGAUCUCUCGCAAGAAGUUUUCAAAGGGCUUCUUGCGUUAACUUGUAACAUUCACGAUCCUUCAGAAGACGUAAUGUCAACUAAGUUAGAUAUACUGCUCAGUCUUUCUUUCAUUUGCUCGCAGUACUACGAUGUAUGUGACGAAAGUUCUGCAACUUAUGUGGAGAACGAAUUAAAGCCACUGAAAGAUUCGUUUGCCGAUUGUAAUUUCGCUGCUGAUGUGGCUGCUGUGUUGGUACAGAAAAUGUGCAGAAUUGAAAGCAAUUUGGAAGAGUUCAAAUGGUCUUACUCUAGGAAAUGA